CGGAUGACAGUCCACAGAGUCGCAGAGAGGCUCAAGAAUGGUGAAGAUCUUUCAGUGAUCUUUCAAGAAUGGUGAAGACCUGAAAGAUCUUCACCAUUCUUUAGCCUCUCCGCGACUCUGUGGACGAUCAUCCGGCUGAUGCUCAGCACAAAGGAGAGCAGAUAUCUCAACUCUUUUGACUUCCAUCUUGAUACAACUUCACCGGAGAAAAAAAAUUGUAUUAAGGACACCUGCCUAUAAGGUAGAACUUUCAGUUUAUUUAAUGGAAAUUUUCACUCCGACAUGUAAACGUCUCUAAAGAUCAUGAAACCGAGUGUAACAGAACUUUUGCAAAGCCCGGUAUGUGCAAGUGGUAAAAAAAAAUUCAUACAUUCACGGACUCAUACACAAUAUAAAAUCUUUCAUGCUUGCAUCAGACAAAACAGAUAAAUAUGAAGGGUUUACAUUAAUAAUAUUCAUGUAAUAAUGCAUGAAAGAGAUAUUUAAAUUUGCAGGUGGUAAAAGAUUCAUAUAUUUCCUGACCGACAUUAAGUCUAAGGCUGAACUAGUCACAUCUUUGUACAAACUCAAUAAACAGAAUAGACUUGAAAGGAUAUGGAGUCUUUUCUGGAACUGUCUUACAUCAUUCUUUAUACAUUCAGGGACUUAGGUUUGUCUUGCAACAUAAACUGGCACAAAACUUAGUUUGACUUGUUUGUUGGACUUACUCAUCUUCACCACAAAGAUGCUACUGCUGCAGCAUAAUUAUAAAAAGCAGAUGCAAUGUUUCCCCUUUUAUUCUGAAAUACUUUGGCAGCCCUCAUGUACUUAGUUCCCAUGCUUUCUAUAUAUGAUGUCAUUAUAAAAUCGAUAACUAUAAUAAUCAAAUAUUACAAAAAAUGUAAAUAAUGUUUCCAUAAAGUUUAUGAAAGAGAAAUUAUAUUUGCAGAUUAUAAAAGCUUCAUACCGAUCAAUAACUGAUGGAUGAUGAAAACUUCUUGAAGUUCUCAUCAAGCAAAACAGAGAAAUACGAAAGAUAUUUUAAUGUAACAUAGUAAUGCAUUAAAUGAUCCAAUUCUUUUAUCAGGCGACUUGACAUCAAGUAUAAUGACACAAAACAGGUGCAGCUCUAAUUCACAUAUACUUUACCGUUUCUUAGAUAUUUAACAUGCAGAGAGACUUAAAAAUACAAACACAUUAAUAUACAGGCUUUGAAAUGCUCAUUAUUUUACAUUCUGUAUUAUAGUUGUAUUUAAAAAAGCUGUUUUCAGUGCAAAAAAAAUAGAAAUAGAAUUUUAAAUCAUUCUUACUGUGUUUGGCUUGAGCAGAUUCUAUUUCACCCUCUGCCUCAAACAAGUGUCUUGCUCUUUGGCAUGAUUUCCACUUCCCUGAAAAUACUGACAGAUGAGGUCUUCACACACUUGAACUUCCUCACUUUGGUAGCAGUCUCUGUGAGAUUAUUAUGUUCAGAGCUUAUUUCCUCAUUGCUACAUGUUGUAUUUUAUGGUAUUUAUAGUUGAAAAUUAACAGUUUUUGUGACUUAGUAUGUGGUUUUUGUAUAAAUGAGUUCAAAUAUUAGAUGUUAACAGUUGUAAAUGUUGGUCAAACCACUUUGCAUGCAAGCAUUUUGUGGUGUGUGUGGGGGGGUGUUUGGUGGUGAGGGAGGGAGGAGGCAAAGACUGUUGGCGUGUCGUGCCAUUUCCUUGUCGAACUCGUUUGAGAAAGCAGAGAAUUUCAGAUCUGAAUCGAGCAAAGUAAAGAAAAAAAGGAGGAUGGUGAGGAAGACGUUCGUGUGUGAUGAGUCCAUGAUCAUCACUAUUCCCAUCGGAGGUCUGGGUCUUCGGGAGGAUCAGCUGAUGCCAGAAAAAUUCCACUGUGUGUUCAAAGACUCCUACAAGAUCUUUGUUAUCAGGGGGAAACCUAGACCUCUUGGAGCAGUCCAAGCCAUUGCUGGUAUCUUUCUUUUCAUUCUUGGAGUGAGUUUUGCAGAUUACAUCACCAAAAUGUUCACUCUGCCAAGUGUUGUGUUUCUGGUGUCUGGCAUGCUGUCGUACGCUGCAGGGAAAUAUUCGAACAUACAUGUGGCAAAGCUGUCCUUCUCUCUGAACAUUAUCGGCUUUUUCUGGUCACUUGCAGCGUUUUGUCUCAACGUGCUUGUUUUCCAUUUCGGUCAUGGUCCUUUUUAUCCUGGUUAUCCUUAUCACACCAAGCUGAAUGAAGGAGUCAGAGGACUGAUAAUGAGUCUGCUGGUUGUUGAAAACUUAAUAGCCCUGUUCUUGAUCUACUGGUUGAGUAAAGCUGUGUGCAGAUCACAUUUCAACACUCUGCCCACCAUACUGCUGAAACGGGCAGACUGAAUUUGAUGCAAACCAACAACCAACCUGCACGUAUGUUUACCAGCCUGAUGAUGUUAUCCACUCUUAAGCAUGCAACGGACAAAGAUUGUCAAAGUUUUUGUCGUUUCUGUGUCAGAAAUAUCUGAAAAAUACAUAACAAGCUGCUUGUAUUUGAUAUGCAUGACUGCCCAAAUACAGAUGUAGAAUUGCCUGUUUAUAAUGCGUUCUGUGUAAUCUUAUAAUAGCUGUGAUAUCGAUAUGAACCCAGUAACGUGUUGCUCAUCUGUUUCACAUUUGUGCAGAAAGCUGUAGUCUCCAAAUGUGUUGCAGUUUAGAUUGUAUUUGAAAAGUUUAGUUGUAAUGAUCCAUUUCUUACCUGACUACUGCUGUUUAUUGGUUUUGUUUAGCAUGCAUUGUCUCAUUGCACAUCUUUUCUUGAACAUAUUAAUAAAGGCAAC